UAUACUUUCAUACUUCUGUGUUAAGUCUUCAAGUUUCAAUUAUUGCAAUUCGUGUAUGCGUAAACAAUUAAUACUGAAUAAUGUUAGAACUCUCAAUGUUUUUUAUACCUCGUAAAAUAAUAAAAAAAUAAUCAAGACAAUGAUUUAAAAUGUAUUAAUAAUCAUAUUAUACAAUGGCAAGUAUAAAGACUGAGGUAACCAUGUCGGACAACGGAGAUGAUGACCAGUGGUUGUAUGGGGACUCAAAUUCAAAUUUAGACCCUGUCGGUACAUUAGUCGAAGAUAUUAAACCAACUGAACCAGCUGGUAUUUUAGAAGAUGAUGAGGAAGCACGACUUAUGGAGUUUUUGGCAAACCCUGGACCAGGAAGUAUAGAAGUUCCACCUACUGUAAAAGAAUUAGUUAAUGAAGAUCCCAAUCGACCUCGAAGUCCAGAAAUAUUUUUGGGUGGAACAGGAAUCAAAGCUGAAGCACUAGUUAAACCUUCAGAAGAUUUAUUUGAAACUAACCUGUCAGAAAUUGCAACUGAAGUAGGCAUUAAUGUUCCUGAAAAAGUAGCUGAAGAAAAUAAUGAAGAUAAACAAAUAUCAUCUGAAGAUAGUGAAGAAGAUAGUGAUGAUGACAUUGUUGUGGCAGCUGGAAAUUUUACAUUGUCUUCUAUGGAAAAUAAUAUGGUGUCACUUUCACAACAAAAUAAUGCAAGCCCAUCAACUGCUGGAAUAAAUUUGAAACGAAAUAAUUUAUUAACAUUAACAAAUAUUCCUGGAAUGUCAUCUGGAAAUAAACAUCAAGGAAAAUUUAAUGUUGAAGAUUUUGAAGGUAUGGGCACCAUAAAUGGUGUUCCUGCUCAUGAGUAUUCUAUUGAAACUACUGAAGAAAAACCAUGGUUAAAACCUGGUGCAGAUAUCACAGAUUAUUUUAAUUAUGGAUUUAACGAAAACACGUGGUUGGCAUAUUGUGAACGUCAAAGGAAAAUGCGGUGUAAUGAAUCAUUAGUUGGAAUGUCGACAUUAGCUAUGCAUAAUCAACAAGUUUCUAUAAGUACUACAAAUAAUAAUAUGAUUCCAACUUUGGAUGUUAAAUCUAGUGCUAAAUUUCAAGCACCAAAUAAUCCUCCAAAAGAAAACACUAUUGAGGUUAUGACUGCUGAGAGGAGAGAAUAUAGUCGUAAACAUUUUUCAACUCCUGAUUUAACAGUACCCCCUCCAAUAAUUCCUACAAAUUUUGAUGUACCUCCACCAAUGAUUCAAAAUUCUAUAAAUUCUAUACCACCUCCUGGAUUUGGUCCUCCGCCAAUUAAUGUGCCUUAUGAACCAGAAUACUAUCCUCAUGAACCAGAUCCAUACUAUAAUGCUUUUGAACCUACUCAAGAUAUGCAAUGGAAUCAAAACUGGACUCCAAACGUAAAAAGUAUAGAGAACAUUCCAACUCUGUCAAAUGGAGAUUCAUACAAUAAAGAAUUGGUAAGAGAUAAAGAAUAUUAUGCAUCACGUGUUAAAAAAGAACCAGAAGAAAGAACUUAUGAAAGAGAUCGUGAGAGUCGCAAUCGAUACCGUGAAAGAGAGAGGGAGAGAGAUCGUGAACGUGAUAGAGACAGAGACAGGGAACGCAGCAGACAUAGAGAAAGUGAUGGUGUUGAAAGUCCAGAAACAAGUUACAAAGAAGAGAGAGAAUACAAACACAAGUCUCAUCGUCAUCGCUCUCGAAGUCGUAGUCAUGAAAAACGUUCUAGGAAACACAAGUCUCGUAGUAGAAGUGGAUCUAGACAUCGUCAUAAAAAGAAGAAAAAGAAGUCUGAGAAGAACAAGGAAGAUGAUAACAGUGAAUAAUUUUCUGUUAUCAUGAUGUAAAUUUAAACAAUUUUUUUUAAUCAUUAUUAAUAUUAUUUACUCUUCAUUUCAUUGAGUUGUUAAUGGUAAAUGGUAAUUUGAGGAUUAUUACAACUAAUUCUGUAUUGAA